GUUCCGAUUUCCCGGGACAAAAGCUUCAAUUGUGGGCGACUUAUGCAACGACGGAAUUAUUCGUCGAAUCGUGGGUUUCACUGCCUCUUGUUUCCACUUUCGCUCUCGCAUUCGCUCCCUGCUGUGGCUCAGGCCACGCCUUGUCUCCAGUUCAGCAUUCUCUUGAGUCGUGAACGAGAUCAUCGCACAUCUCAGCCUUGCGGCAGUACCGGAUUUUACUGGAGACCCGAUCUAGUUGAAUCCGGCGAUUGCUUCAACUAUGUCCAGCCCUACGGCUAUGACUUACUGGCAUGCCAAGCAAUGUCAACAGUCGCUUCAACAACCACUCACUCACUUCAACAAACUCUCCUCCAAUCAAACUACCUACUUCGUUCUCAAAAUGCAGUUCUCUACGAUUACCGCCUUGAUGACUUUCAUUCUCGCUUCUGCGACUGGUGUCACUGCCAAGCACCACACUCGGCUUCACUGCAUCACUGCCUCCGGCAGCGGGCAGUUCAUCUUCGGCUUCCCCAACGAUGCUGCAACCAACAAGGUGUGCCCUGGCUUCUGCUCCGACUGCACGCUCGGUGACGAUGAUGGUCACCGUGUCUGCAACUCUGCCGGCAAGCAGAUGGACGGCGAUGGCUUCUCUAACGCCUGCAUUGCUGCUGGUGCCAAUGGUAGCGAGUAGGGUGCUUCAAUAGUGUAGCCCAGCUAUAGACCUGAUAGCUGAGCUUUCUAGUGUC